AAGCCUUCCACGCAGGAGAGAUUACUAACCAGACACCAGAAGAAUGGACAAAAUGCUUCGGGGUGGGGUGAGGCCACCCCUUCAGAAUUGUGGUUGAUAAUCAAAGACAGGGCGGGUUCAGGGGAGGAAUGGGUUGGUUGUUUUUUUAAUUCUCUGAGCCCCACUCUGGCCCCAAGCCAAGCUGUUUAGCUGCAGAGGGGAUAAAGUUCCCCAGCAAGAAGAGCUCCUCGGAGGUGAACUUUGCCUUUAAGUUUGCAUGGCUGAGCUGUACUUGUUUGGGGUCCUGAUCAGAUGAAAGGAGGCUCAGAAACAGCUGGAGCGCUUACUCCCAAACCCAGGACUAUUACUCUGGGGGCGACACAUUAUUACCAAGAACCUCUGAGGAGGCAAAGCAAGACCUCCUACUAAGGAAGCAAGAGAAAGCUCCGUAGAUUUCUGUUGCCAGUACACAAGAAUCUUACUUAGAACUAGCUCUCUCUACCUGUGCAGAAGUUACUUUUUGCUCUGCUCUCGGAGAACCUGGCUGCAAUCAGCGAAGAACAGAACAUGUCUUCACAAGAGCUGGUGAAUGACCAUGACCUGAGCAAUGGCAGCUAUUUUUAUGACGAUAACUGGUACAUGGACGACUCGGUGGGACACAAAGACGACAUGACUCCUGAGGUUAUCCCAGAUUGCUACCCUACCAUACCUUAUGAGCUCUUUCAUGCCUGCAUAGCGCCAUUAUCACUGGCUGUACUGCUUGCUCUAGCCCUGCUGGUCAAACGGAAGAGCCUCUAUCAAAGUUGCUGGGAUGGUGCUCCUGGACUCUUGAGCCCUGUGAAUUUCUUGGAAGAAGGAGGAAACAAGGGCCUGACUGUAGCCGUGUUUGGCAUUCUCUUCUCUUCGUUGUGUGUGCUGAUUCUGGACAACAAUCCCCUUCCCUUUGUGCCUGCCUCCUCGGCACACAAUAGAGAGUACUGGAAGAUCAUGGCUUUGCUCUAUUACCCUGCCCUCUACUAUCCUUUAAUUGCAUGUGCCACGGUCCGACAUAGAGCUGGAUACCUCUUUGGCUGCUUGCUGUCCUGGUGUCAUUGCGUGGUCCAUAUCUGGCAGAAGGUGGAAUGCCCUCAGUCGCCCAAGAUUUAUAGGUACUAUUCCCUACUCUCCUAUCUCCCUAUCAUUUUGUGCCUCGUGGUUCUGAGUCUUUGGUAUCCUGUGCAGCUUGUCAAAAGCUUCAGACAGAAGAAGAUGGUUGCGGAGGAGAUUCCUGGGAGCGGCUACUACAAAGAAUACUUGAAGAAUGUCUUGGCUAAAAGAACACCAAAGGGAAGUGCCAGCAAAACCAAGCCAAAAAUGCUCUCAAGGCUCCAGUCAUACUUAUGUUCUUACAUCUACACACCACAGGAAGGCUUCCAGCUCCCUCUGAAGCUGGUUCUCUCUCUUGCCAUGGCUGUGAUAGCGGUCUACCAGGUGGCCCUCCUGCUUCUGGUGGCCUUCGUUCCCAACAUCCAGAUCGUGAGGGCAGGAAUGACCAAGGAGCUGACCGCCCUCUUUGUCCAGUUUGGCCUUGUCCCCUCUGAAAACCCGGCCGGUAUCCCUGGAGACAAGGAGCUGGCGACAGCAAAGCACUAUAUCUGGUCUCUAGAAGUGUGCUUCAUCUCUUCCCUGAUCAUCUCCUGCCUGUUGACUUUCUGCAUUCUGAUGAAGUCCCUGGUAAACCACAGGAUUAAUCUCCAGCGCCUGUACCGAGGGGCAGUCAGAGAUGUCUUCUACCGUUCCCGCAAACUCCAGCCUUCCCAACAGGCUCUUGUGUGCUGGAUGUGCUUUGCUGGUUUCCAGACAGCAUUUACCUGCUUGGGUCUGGUCAUCCAGCAUAUUGUGGCCUUUAUCUGUACUGUGGGUUUCACCUUUCUGGUAGCCAUUCCUCUGCAGUCUGGAUCCAACAUGCAUCUCUUUAAAAUUGUGGAGAACAUGUGGCCCUUCUGGUUGACCUUGGUGGUUGCUGUUGUUGCACAGAACCUGCUGACUCACUACUGUUUUCUUGAGCGAGGCCCUCUACCAAAAGAGCUGACCAACAGGCGGGCUCUCUACAUCGUUACUUACCUGCUCUUCCCGAUCAACGUGCUGGUGGGGGUCUUGGCCGGAGUCUGGAGGAUGGUGGUCUCUGCACUUUACAACAUCAUCCACUUCUGCCAACUGGACAUCAGCCUCCUGAGCCACGGUGUAGAAGCUUUUGAUCCAGGCUACCGCACUUAUUGCCACUUCUUGAAAAUUGAGGUCAGCCAAUCGCACCCGAUGAUGAAAGCCUUCUGCUUGCUGCUCCUCCAAUUGCAGAGCCCGGAGGGGCCGAGGGGAUUCCAGCCAAGAGAUACAGAAGAAGGAGUCAAGCUGAUGAAGACCAAGAAGCUGACAUCGAAGGCAUCCAAGUGCAAGCAGAUCCGUGUUAGGUGGAACCUGGCAUACACGCUCCUCAACAACCCUUCCCUUCUGCCCCACCGAAAGAGGGCCCUGUUGGACGCCAUGGCCAAUGGGACACAAGCUACCCCUGUGAAGCUUUGACUGUGCAGGCCAAGCUUUUGCAAAGCAAUGGGCUCCUCCAUGGGGAAGAACCUAGUUUUCCACUUGCCACAUUCACAUUCUCACUCCUAGGCCACUCUUCCUUCAGGUCUCUUGCUUUCCCGUACCUCUGCCUUGUAGUUUGACCACAAGACUGUGGCCUCCUUUGCCUUAAGACCAGGACUGGUUUCCUCCAGACAGUUGAAUAGCACGAAAGGAACUGAUACAUAGCAUGGAAGCAAGCUGACAGGUGCAUCAACCCAAAGACAUUGGAUUUUGGGGGGUGGGAGGCGGGGGGAGGGGACUAAGUUCCUCCUCAAAGGUGCCAUCCCAUGGAAGGUUGGAAAUGCUGGUCUUAAAGUUCUCAAGCUUCUAGUCCUCCUGACGGGAGAUCUCUGCUGGAUCUUGGGGUCUGAGGUUGUACUGUGUCUUGUUAAUCCUGGUUAGUGCCACAUUAUGCAAACCAAUGUGAGGCAAAAAGUGCUACCAGUAGACUAGAAACUGGAACGGUGCCAAAAGAGAGUUACUUGAAAGAUCCAGAGCAGUGGGGAAAGGGCUUCAUGUUCGAUGUUAAAAUACUCUUUGAGUGUGAGCGUGUGGGAGAGUCUUCUGGACCAUAUUUGCCUUAGACCAAGGUUCUCGCCCUUGGAUCCCCUGACGACAGACUACAACGCCCAUCAUCCAGCACCAUCUGGGGACCCAAGGGUGAGCAUCCCUGCCUUAAAACAUUUUUUAAACUUCUGUGAUGGCAGUUCCAGGCUGCCUCUGUGCCUUAGCAAGAUAAACUCCAUUUUGAAGGGGUUAAAAGACUGAAUUAAAAAUAUAGUGGACAGGAGGGUGGAACUUCUAACUAGAAAAAAAAACCUUUUAAAAUGUUAUGUUUUCUCUCUGUGUGUCUGUCUCUCUACAUCUCUCUCUCUCUCCAAGCAUUAGACAUCUUUAAUGUGUACAGAUUCUUUUGGAGCAGGGGUAGGCCACCUUGAUUCUCCAGCUGUUGUUAAACUACAACUCCUAUCAUCCCCAGCCACAAUUGUGCCUGGGGAUGAUGGGAGUUGUAGUUCAACAGCUGGAGAGCCAAGGUUGCCUGCCCUUGCUUUGGAGGGCUUGUCAGAUUAUCUUCACGACUGUUUUCUGCCUGAUAGCCUUCCCUUCCCCCUCCCCUCCCCUCCCCCUGCAGAAGACAAUUUGAAGAUUUAUUUUCUUGGUGCAACCCUCCUAGUGCUCAGAUUUUUUUCUAUUUGUGCUGUUGCCUCCUGAUAGCCUGGAGAAUAAGCCUUUCCCCUCCCUUCCCUUUUUGGUUAAGCAGCUGUUUGGCCUGUGCCUAGUGGGAGCUGGCCAGGUGAGUUUCAACACCAACUAAGGUAGAAUUAUUGUAGAGUACAGAGAGUUGAACUCGUCUGCUGAGAACAAUAAACAAAACUUCAUUGUU